AUGGCAGAAGAAAUCACAGCCGACUACCUAAUCAUUGGCGCAGGAGCCAUGGGCAUGGCCUUUGCAGAUACUAUGCUCAGCGACACAAAUGCUACAAUGGUCAUUGUCGAUCGCUAUGCGCGACCCGGCGGACACUGGACGACAGCAUACCCAUUCGUGCGCCUACACCAGCCUUCCUCAGUCUACGGCGUCAACUCACGGAAACUCGGCGAGAACAAAAUCGAUCAAGUCGGACUCAACAAAGGGUUAUUGGAGCUCGCCACAUCCGACGAAGUCCUUGCUUACUAUAGCAUUGUUAUGCACCAGACGUUUCUGCCUUCCGGGCGCGUUCAGUAUUUCCCCAAGCAUGAAUAUCUUGGCGAGGGAGAGUGGCGAUCUAUGAUUACGGGAAAGACCUUCAAAGUGGGGACGAACACGAAGAUUGUUGAUGCGACAUAUAUGAAGGUCAAGGUGCCCUCCAUGGGGCCGCCUGCGUACAAAGUCGCGGACGGCGUGAAUUUUGUUACUCCCAAUGACUUGGUCAAGAUAAGUCGGCCACACGGUGGCUAUACUGUAGUUGGUGCUGGCAAGACUGGAAUCGACGCGUGUCUCUGGCUGUUGACCCAAGGCAUCGAUCCGGAGCAGAUAACUUGGAUUAUGCCGCGAGAUUCGUGGUACCUUCCACGCACUAUCUUUCAGCCUGGACCAGAAUUUGCCGAAAGCCAGGCAAAGAGUAGAGCAGCGACUGGAGAGGCGGUGAUGACAGCCACAUCACCCGAGGAUCUCUUCUUGCGAUUGGAAGCCAGUGGGCAGUUGUUACGCCUGGACGAAAAAGUCUGGCCGACCAUGUACAGAUGUGCAACAAUCACUGUCGCAGAACUCGACCAGAUCAAGCGAAUUCCCAACAUUAUCCGCCAAGGCCGUGUCGUACGCAUCGAUCCGGACGAACUUGUCCUCGAGAAUGGAUCUCACAAACCAGUACCUGAUACUCUGUACAUCGACUGCACCGCAGACGGCCUGGCGAAAAUGGAAGCUGUACCAGUAUUCCGCGGCAACACAAUCACGCUCCAAGCGGUCCGCUUCUGUCAGCAGGUAUUCAGCGCUGCCUUCAUCUCUCAUGUCGAAGCAACUUAUAGCGAUGACAAGUUCAAGAACGAACUUUGCAAAGUCAUUCCCCAUCCGGACGAGACCAUGGACUACAUAGUGGUCAACCUUCAGACUUUCCAGAACGGAUUGGCGUGGGCUGUUCAGGAGAAGACAGCGGAAUGGCUGGAUCGAGCUCGCUUGAAUUGGGGCGCGGGCCAACGAAGGGCGAUGGCGAAGAUGGACCCUGCAGAAGCUGCGCAGGCCAAAGCUGCUAUGGGUGCUAGAAUCAAGGGAAUGUGCGCGAAGAUGGAGCAGUUGCUUGGUCAGCUUCCAGAGAGCGACCCCGCGAGGGCGAAAGCUCAGAUAGCCGGAGUGUAG